CCCUUGCGGCAUUUCGUAGACUAGAAAACUGCCAUUUAAACAGAAUGAACAAUUCUUGCCGUUUUUGCCAAGAAGCAUUUGACGUUUGUUCGUAAAUUCAAGAAUCCUCAUUGACCAUGGAAGACUACCAGAAUUUAAAGUGUUUUAGGCUCUACAAGUCAAGCCUACCUUCAAAGGAAACGCCUGUAGCUCUUGGAAUCGACGAAGCUGGAAGAGGUCCCGUUCUCGGUGCUAUGGUUUUUGGGGGCUUCUUUUGUCCAAUAGGAGCGGAAUCUGAGGCUAUAUUGAAAGGAGAUAUAAAAGUAGAUGAUUCCAAGAAAUUGAACGAGCUCGCCAGGGAAUACAAGUUUCGCCAACUUCAUGAUGAAACUCUUCCAUUUGGACUAAUCGCAGAUGUUGUAACUCCUCAAUAUAUCAGCUACAAGAUGCUACAAAGAACGAAAUACAAUUUAAACGAAAUGUCUCAUGACACAGAGAUAUCAAUCAUACGCCACGUUAUCUCAGCAGGCUAUAACCUGAAGGAAAUUUAUGUUGAUACGGUCGGUGUAGAAUCCAAAUACGAGGCAAAGUUGAAGAACCUGUUUCCGAAUAUACAUAUUAAGGUUGCUAAAAAGGCAGAUUCUCUAUUUCCGGUAGUAAGUGCCGCAUCAAUCGUAGCAAAAGUUGUAAGAGACAAUAUCAUAAAGUGCUGGAGCAACAGUUAUGGCACUUCUAAUAUCGGAUCAGGAUAUCCUGGAGAUGCAUAUACUAUACGAUUUUUGAGCGAGAAUUUACACAAAAUAUUUGGUUUUCCAGACAUUGUUAGAUUUAGCUGGAGAACGGCCUCUGAUAUGCUAAACGAUCAAAAACGGAGUGCAAUUUUCAAUUGGUAUGAUGAUCUCGAGGAAGAAAACGACGAGUUGUCAAAAAAAACAGUAAAAAAAAAUCUAGGAAACCUUCCAAAAUCACUGGCUCUUACAAUUACAAACAAAAUUAAAUUAUAA